UCGAGCAGUGACAAGGGAGACGAUACUAGAACUUCUUCAUUCUGAUCCUUCAAUGGGUAACAGAAGAGGUAACAAGAGCAAAAAUCAAACGGGAACAGGAGGCACAAGAAACGAGAUGGUGAUGAUGGGCAGUGGCAGCUCAAGGAACCAGUACUACCAACAACAACAGGAGCCAGAGCCCCAAUCCUCAAUCUCCGAUUCCGAAAGCACCAACAUGGCCUCCACUUCCGCCGGAAAAACCAAACCCAAAAAGAAAAAAUACAAAUCCAAACAGCCCCUUCCAACCCCACCAACAAUCCCUCCUCAAAACGCCCCAAUUGAAACCCCUGAUGCUCUGAGACAAAACAUCGAACAGGUUGCGGGCGCCACCAGGGCCGCCUAUAAAUUCCUCUCCGACAACGAUCUGCAGCUCCACCCAUCUCAAGCCCUAGCUCUAGAAGCUCAAAUCUCAGCCGCGGCGCGCUCUCUCUCUGAAAUCCACCUCUCUCUCUCUAACAACUCCUCUUCUCUCUCUAACCCACCACCUUCUGAGACGAAAAGGCCGUGUUGGUUUCACAGGUUUCUGGAGGAUGCAGCUGAUGAGUAUGAUAGUCGAUGGACUGAGUGGUUUCGAAUGUCGAAAACUUCGUUCACUCUUCUUCUCCGACUUCUCACUCCUUCCCUGUCUGGUCUUGCUCCUGUUCAGCCUAAUUAUGCUCUUGGUGCUGCGCUUUUUCGUCUCGCUCAUUCUGCUCACUAUAAGGCUGUGGGGAACCGGUUCGGUAUGGAUUCAGCUACUGCUUGUUUGGCUUUUCAUACUGUUUGUAAAGGGGUUGUUGAUAAGCUGGCGCAUUUGUUUGAGUUGAAGACGGAUAUUAAUAGAAUUGUGGUUGGGUUUGGGUGGAUUUCGCUACCGAAUUGUUGUGGGGUUUUAGGGUUUGAUCGGUUUAAAGUCGAAGGGAAUUUGUUUGGGAAUGAUGGUUUUGUGAUGGUUCAAGCUUUAGUUGAUUCGGAAGGGAGGUUCUUGGAUGUGUCAGCUGGUUGGCCAAGUAAUGUGAAACCUGUUUCGAUUUUAAGGCAAUCGGAGUUUUAUUCGCGAGUUGAGGAUUCAAAGGAGUUGUUGGAUGGACCUGCUUUUGAGCUUAAGGAUGGGAAUUCAGUGCGUCAGUAUGUUUUGGGGGAAUCAUGUUUACCUGUUUUGCCUUGGUUGAUUACGCCUUUUGAUGAAACUGAUGAUAUGGAUGCAUCGCGUAGAGCUUUUAAUUCAGUGCAUAAGGAUGCUAUGAAAAUGGUUGCUACAGCUUUUGGAAAGGUUAGGGAUCAGUGGCAGUUAUUAACAAAGGAGUGGAAAGAAGGAUGUGUUGAAGCAUUGCCUUUCGUUAUUGUAGCAUGUUGUUUGCUUCAUAACUUUCUGAUCAAGUGUAGUGAGGUGUCGCCUGAGAACAAUGUGGAGUAUACUAGGGAUUUCGAACUUCCUGUUUUCGACGGAGAAGUAGAUGAGAGUGGUAAUAGGAUUAGAAAUGCGCUUGCUGUGCAUUUGAGUCGGGUUAGUCCAAGUUCAUGAGCCUGUAGUCACUCUUGUCGUUUUCUUGUAAAGAGUUUCUGUUUAUGUGUCGGGAUUUAAAAGUUAUUUGCUCUGUUUUAGACUAAA